CACCUACCUACUCAUACCUACACUACCUCUGCGAGUAUUCUCUGUCUUCACUCACUCUCUCACUGUACCCUGUUCCUUGUCUUGUCGCAUCCCGUCUCUCUUUCACACUCCAUCACCUUCAAAGACUCACUCACUACUUAGAGCGUUCCAAUUGUCCUCGAUUCUGCCUCAGCUUUGACAGCGGCCGUCAGUUCUUAGCUCACCCUUUGCUCAAGCCCCCAACAUCACGGUUCGAUCUCCUUGGAACUUGUUGCACGGCUCCAUCUCGGUCAAUACUUCUCCAGGUUUCCUCUCCAGACGCACGGUUCACUGCUUGUCCUUCCCUCUCGCGAGUCACAAGGUCAUACAGAGUCCGUGUCUUGUUGACAAAUUGUCAACUUGUUGGUAAACAAUUGGGCGUGUCUCAGGUGUUACUGGAGUCUAAUGGUGGCAACUCCUUUCAAGAGUAGGACUGGACUGACCCGACUUAUCGGUCUUCUGGAAUUUAAUCCCUUGCAAACCUUUUCGAACUCAUCCUGAAGAAAGUCACCACGAAAUCCUUUUACGAGUACAUUUCCACCACCCCACAUCCACGCGAAGAACACUUUUGCUAGAGAUUUUCCGGCGAUCAAGGAGUCCUGAUAAAUCAUGGCUUCGCCCGAGACAGAAAGGAAUUCGCAGGGUGCUGCCUAUCCAUGGGUCCUGGAGCACCUGUUGGCCUAUCCAGGCACAUACGAAAUCCCCCUGAGAACCAUGUACACCCUCAAUGCCACCACUCAGAAUCAGCCUCAAUCACCCACGCUAUCGUCCAACGCAGUACCUGGCAAUGCCUUCCCUCGAAAAUCUUCCGAUGCUGCCGAAGAGCAACAGAACAUGACGACCAUGACUGCUGCGGCGCAGUUGCGGGCAAACCUGAUGGCUCACAUCUCCCAACAGCCUUCCCAACCUACCUCUCUUCCUCCUAGCUUUAUUACCAGUUUUGUUCGUCGAUGCUUCCCACCAGAACUCGAUCAAGUCGACUUUCCCCAAGCUCUGACGGCCAUGGACUACCUCAAGGACCUAGAGGUCCGACGGAGGCGAGAAGUGGUUGCGGCAUUUGAUAAAUUGGGCAUUGACCAAGAAGAUAUCAGCCAUCGAGAUAAAUUGGCACGCAAGUAUCCCGGUGUACUGAGGUGGGUCAUGGAUAUCGAGGAGAAGGAGCGCAAGGUUGAAGCUCUGUAUACCCAAGUAUAUAUCGGCCUGCGACGGUGGACUCUCAUCAACGAGCUCUCCUUGACUCCUUUCAACAAAGCAAACUGCAUUGCCAUGCUCAACACUCUCUACCCACCGGUGGGACUUCAAGCCAGACAGUUCGUCCAACCCACAGCUCAAUUGACUCGCCAAGUUCUGGCAAGUCAGAGCGCUAUGUUCUUCAAAUACAUCACAGCCGUCGAACAAAAAGGUACAUCAGUGCUAGGAACAUUGAUGGACCAGAACAAGCAACCCGGAGAUGCUACCGGAUGGACUCAUCUCCGGGCCACUGUGGACAACUACCUUCGCAUGGCGAACAGUGUGAUUGAUGAGUGUUAUGACAUAACCGGACGUGGGUGUCAGUCUCCUACCGCCGCAUCCUUCUCCUCGACGGAUAUGGAGGAUGAUGGGCGACGUAAAGUCGACUCUGGUAUUUCAUUUGCUUCGAACAGCUCGUCAAAUCGCAAUUCAGGUCAGAGUCACGUCACCAGACCUAGCACAAGCAGCAGCUUCAGCACAGGAAGUCGCAAUCAUAGCCGCCAGGUGUCCAAGGACAAGCAACUACCUGAAAAGCCAUUGCCACCGCCGAAGGAUGAGGACACCACAGUGACCCAGAGACCAGCAGGAUCCACAAUGGAGCGCAUUGCUCGUGAACUUCGGAAGAUCAAGAGUCGCAAGGAUAUCAAAGAUGAUGCCCGACCCCGCACUGCCUCAGCACAGUCAGUUGAGGCGACAUCCCCAACAAUGGAGCAAUUUCCCACGACCCCCUCUAGAGAUCGUGGGUUGAGCUUCAAACGCAGCUUGAGGCGAAUGAGGUCGAACACCGGUCUCUCCGAGAAUGUCACCUCUCGCCCCACUAGCCGCAACAAUGAGCCUACUAUUCAAGAAGUACCCGCCUUUGAUGCGGAUGAAAUGAAAAGAAGAAGACAAGACUGGGAAAGCCAGCAGACGAUGAGGAGUCAGAACUCAAAUGCGAACAUGAAUGUAUGAACUCCCGGUGUCGGAUCGGAGUCUACGUCUGUUCGUCACACGACACGGUGACGGCAGACCUCAACGAUGCGAGACCUAGAGCAUGAACACGCAGCAUUGUAACAGUCAAUGGGUGUGGACGUUGACACGAACACGGUUUUGGAUUGGGAAUAGGCGCAAAGGGUCGCGGCUACUGCUACCGCACAUAUUGAAAUCAUUAUUGGAACAGGAAACCGGAGUUUUCUGGAGAAAUGUUUAAUGACACGGCAUGAAGAAUGACGAAGGCAAAAAGGGCACAUGCGUUUAGAUGUGUUUCGAGUUUUUGAGCCUCGCGGCAACCUGUUGGAAGUUAUUUGGUGCCACAAAACUAAAACAUCGGGCUCCCACGAGCGAAAAGAGAGAAAGAGGUUCGCUCGCUUUGCUAUAAGGAGCAAAGUAAUUGGCGUUGAACUGAACCAACGGUUGUAUCUUGAUAGUACUUGGUUGUUUUCUCCCGUUUACGGAGGAAACACAACAAACAAAUUAGUAUUGCGUUGAAUCUAAAUGUGAC